CUUUUACGUCACCGACGUCAUUUCCGCCCCCCAGACCCCGGAUGAAGCUGCCGUUGGGGCAAGUCAGCAGGGCCACCAAGGCUGGUUGGAUUUUAAUUUAACGGUGAGGGGGUCGGAGCGGAUUGAAGCCCCGCUGGAUUAAUGUCGACAGGCCAGCGCGGAGUGCCAGCAGGGCUACGAAGAGCAAACUGUCCGCGCCGAGCAGAGAGGCUAACCGGCUAAUAGCUGUUGCUAACUGUGUUUAACUGUUAGCAAACUAACGCGGAGCAGGGAAGCAGCUUCUCCAGCUAUUAGCCUCUCCACACAGCGGAGUUUGUGCAGCUUACACACUGUACGUCUUGUCAGGGCUUUUGUCUCUUAACACAACACCUGGUGGAUGAAUGAUGUCUGCCGCUAGUAUUGACCCUCAGACAUCGAAAGGACAAGAUGCAAGCAAAGCCUUUCCAGUUUCAGUGCAGAAUGGUUCCCUCCACCAAAAGGAUACAGUCCAUGACAAUGACUUUGAGCCUUAUCUCACCAGCCAGUCUAAUCAGAAUAACAGCUAUCAAUCAAUGACAGACCCUUAUCUGUCCAGCUACUAUGCCCCCUCCAUUGGAUUUCCUUACCCUCUCAGUGAGGCUCCUUGGUCUACAGGAGGGGACCCACCAAUUCCCUACCUGACACCCUAUGCCCCCCUCAGCAAUGGAGACCAUCACUUCAUGCACGACACCGUGUUUGGGCAGCCAGGUGGGCUCAGCAGCAGCAUCUAUCCUCACAGGUUUAACUUUUUCCCCGAGAACCCGGCCUUCUCAGCCUGGGGCACCAGCGGUUCUCAGGGUCAGCAGACUCAGAGCUCAGCUUAUGGGGGGAGUUACAGCUACCCACCCAGCUCUCUAGGAGGCACCUUAGUCCCUGAUGGCCAGACAGGUUUCCAUAGUGACACCCUGAGCAAGGCUCCAGGUAUGAACAGCCUAGAGCAGGGCAUGCUGGGCCUAAAAAUAGGUGGGGAUGUGACAGGAAGUGGCUCCGGUGUGAAGAGUGCAGGCUCUGUGAUCGGUGGCGGCGGCAGUGUAGCUGCAGCUGUUGCCACGGGCAACGGUGGCACACCAAUUGGAGUGCCCCCUCCAAAACCUACAUCGUGGGCUGCUAUUGCUAGUAAACCUGCCAAGCUGCAGCAACAGAAGACCAAGAUCAAACCUGGCACACCCAUAGCUGGAGGAGCUAUGCCUCCACCCCCCAUUAAACACAACAUGGACAUUGAUACAUGGGAUAAUAAAGGGACUGCUACCAAGAUGGCCCCUCCUUUGCCCACCCACCACCACCACCACCAUCACCACCAACACCACCAACAGCACCAGCCCCAGCUUCACUCUCAUGCUCCCAGUCUCCUACCCCCCCUUCAACAGUCCCUACAGUCUGCCCAGUCCCUCGUGCAGCAGAUGACCAUGCAGGGUCCUCCACCUCCUCAUCCACAGUCUUACCAGAACCACAACUCCGCUCCAACGCCUCAGACCCGCUGGGUAGCCCCACGCAACCGCAACUUGUGCUACAGUGGUGGAAGCUUGGACAGCAGCGGCUCCUCUAAUGGCGGCGGUGUUGGAAACGGAGGUGGAGGGUGCGGGCUUGUGCCUCCAGAGCCGGGAUCAGAGUCCCACCCCGUGCUGGAGAAGCUGCGAGCAGCCCACAGCUACAACCCCAAGGAGUUUGACUGGAACCUGAAAAACGGCCGCGUGUUCAUCAUCAAGAGCUACUCUGAGGACGACAUCCACCGCUCCAUCAAGUACUCCAUCUGGUGCAGCACGGAGCACGGCAACAAACGUUUGGACUCAGCCUUCAGAGCUAUGAACGCUAAAGGUCCCGUCUACUUGUUGUUCAGUGUCAACGGCAGCGGCCAUUUCUGCGGCGUGGCCGAAAUGCGCUCACCCGUGGACUACGGCACCAGCGCUGGCGUUUGGGCGCAGGACAAGUGGAAGGGCAAGUUUGAUGUGAACUGGUUGUUUGUUAAGGACGUGCCAAAUAGCCAGCUGCGCCACAUCCGCCUGGAGAACAAUGACAACAAGCCAGUCACCAACUCACGUGACACUCAAGAGGUUCCUCUGGAAAAGGCAAAGCAGGUGCUCAAGAUUAUCGCCCAGUACAAACACACCACCUCCAUCUUUGAUGACUUUUCCCACUAUGAGAAGAAGCAGGAGGAGGAGGAGGUGGUGAAAAAGAGCUAUGAGCCUGCCUCAAUACAGAGCCGAUCCCGAAUUGAUCAGGAUCGUCAGAAGUAAACAGAAGACGGCUGUCGACGAAAUUUAGAUUUAAAAAGAAAACACAAGGACAUAAAGAAAUUGAAAACUAAUAUUUUUUUCUAUUUAAUUUUGUUGACUUUGGCCCAUGUCAAACUUUUGACCCACAUUGCUCCUGGUUCCCAGUCUUUAAGAUGCGUGCAGGGAUGAAGCUAGUUCCACCGGUUGAAUCGCUUCAAUAAUAUAUAUUUUCUUGUUUUUUCUGUAUUUUUUAGCCUCAUAAAUCUCUAUCGCUACCCUGGAACUUGCAUUCUUAACUAAAUAUAAGUAACAAAUAUCUGCACGUCUGUUUUUGAAAAUCUCUUGACAACAUGCUGCUGAUAUUCAGUGACUGUUCACUUUGUGGUUUGUGUGUUGGAGAAAUGUUAAGUGCUUGUAUUGGUUAAUCUUAACGAGUGAACAACACUUUUGACAAAUGUCUGCUAUCUGUGUGUGGCCAGUUGUAUUUUAUAUUAUCAGAAGAAAAAAAAUAACUUCUAUAAUGCCCUUUUUUUUCAUGUGAGGGGUGUCUUACUUUGGUGGAGGAAUGUGUUCACUGAAAGUUUCUGUAUGCAUAGACUUAAUCGUGCAAGGCUGUGAUGUUAGAAAGCAUAAAUGUUAGAAAAAUAUUUUGAAUGAUGUGUAUCACCUGGCUUGCAACUGAUUUAAAUUUAGCAUUUAAGUGGAGAAAAUGUGGGAUUUUGUCUCUCCAGAGUGGAGCCUUUGGACAUUUAUUUUCAGCAACUAGUAUAAAUGAAAUUAGUUUUUUCCAGAACUGUACCUCAAAAUUUUCAGCUAGAGAUUCAGGGAAGAUAUGUCUGGAGAUCAAACGCUCUUAAAGGUGGUCCCUCUCUUUCUUAUUUAAAGAAUGGAAAUACAAAUAUACUGUAUGAGUUCAGGUUUUUAUCAAAAACAAAAUUUGCUUUCUGUCUUAUUUCCCUGUUACAGUGACUUUUAUGUCCCUCUCUUCCUUGCUGUUCCAACAGAGGUCUCUGUUUAUGAAAUUCUGGAGGAAAUGUAGCAUGUAGUGCUUUUAAAACUCAAGCCAGGCCUGUCAUUUUUUGUUUUUGUUUUGUUUCUUGUUCUUUCUUAACAUAAUUAUAAUCUUGGCAUUCUCAUCAUUUUCAUUGCUAUAAUCUGUCCACAUCAUCCUCACAAAAAUGUAAGCUUUAAUGUACUGGCAUUUCUAACUGAGAUCGCCUCAAAAUGUUUAACUGUAGCAUUAUACUUAACUGAUUUGUCAAGUGUAUGAAAACACAGAGACUAGCCUAUAUGGUAUAUGUUUGUGACUUUUUUUAAAUUGCUUGCUGUAUUGUGUGUAUGCAAGAGUGAAAGAAAAGAGAGGGAGUAUGGCUGUGGAGCAAUCAGAGUUAUAUUACUGGUAUUGGAAUAUAGAAAAUUUAUGCAAAAAAAAAAGUUUUAAGUCAUCCCUGAAUUAAAUAUCCAUUGUAUCAGAGGUCACCAUCACAUUCUUAGAUUUGAUCAUGCUCAUUAUUAAAGAUAUACUUAUCUGUUA